GUCUCUUUCUCUCUCUCUCUCUUGUCUCUUUCUCUCACUACACCCCUUCACGAUUUCCUCUUCUUCAUUUGUACUACCACCUUCAUCUUUUCCAUUUUUCUUUACAAAGAUAUAAUCUUUUUCUAUCAUACUCCAACCCCUUUUCUUUUCACACCUCAAAUUUCCAUCUACAAUCAAGAUUCUCACAAUCUCAUCAACAUGCCUUCUUUUACACCUAUCUUCUUCUUCUCUGUGUUCAUGCUUCUUCUCACUUUCUCUUUUGCUGGUGAUAUAGUUCAUCAUGAUAGUAUUGCUCCUAAGAAACCUGGAUGUGACAACAACUUUGUUCUGGUUAAAGUUCCAAUUUCGAUUGAUGGUGUGGAAAGCGGCGAGUAUGUUGGUGUUGGUGCAAGAUUUGGACCUACGUUGGAAUCAAAAGAAAAACGUGCUAACCAUACUAGAGUUGCCAUUGCCGACCCGCCUGACUGUUGUAGCAAACCUAAGAAUAAGCUCACGGGCGAGAUCAUUUUGGUGCACCGAGGACAAUGUAGUUUCACAACCAAGGCAAAUAUAGCUGAAGAAGCUGGUGCUUCAGCCAUCCUGAUUAUAAAUAACGCUAAAGGACUUUUCAAGAUGGUUUGUGAAAAUGAAACCGAUAUUGAUAUUGGAAUACCUGCUGUCAUGCUUCCACAGGAUGCCGGUGUAGCCUUGAAAAAUUAUAUACAAAACAAGUCCAUAGUGUCUGUGCAGUUAUACUCUCCACGACGUCCACAAGUUGAUGUCGCAGAAGUAUUUUUAUGGCUUAUGGCUGUUGGUACCAUUCUUUGUGCUUCUUAUUGGUCUGCCUGGACUGCCAGAGAGGGUGUUAUUGAGCAAGAGAAGCUAUUAAAGGAUGAUUCAGAUGAGCUUCUAAAUAUAGAGAAUGCUGGUUCCAGUGCUUUUUUGGAAAUAAGCACCACGGCAGCACUUUCAUUUGUUGUGAUUGCUUCUUGUUUCUUGUUUAUGCUUUACAAACUAAUGGGAAGAUGGUUCAUUGAUGUUCUGGUGGUUCUGUUUUGUAUUGGUGGUGUUGAGGGACUGCAAACUUGCUUAGUGGCUCUUUUAUCACAUUUCAGAUGGUCUCAACAUGCUGCACAAACAUAUGUGAAAGUACCCUUCUUCGGUGCUGUUUCAUAUCUCACUCUUGCUGUCACGCCCUUCUGCAUAGCGUUCGCUGUGGUUUGGGGAGUUGAACGCCGUGUAUCGUAUGCUUGGAUUGGUCAAGAUAUUCUUGGUAUCGCUUUGAUAAUUACGGUUCUUCAGAUUGUCCAAAUACCAAACCUCAAGGUUGGAACUGUUCUUCUCAGCUGCGCCUUCCUAUAUGACAUCUUCUGGGUGUUUGUCUCUAAACUUAUUUUCCAUGAGAGUGUGAUGAUAGUGGUAGCUCGCGGUGAUAAGAGUGGAGAAGAUGGUAUCCCCAUGCUGCUCAAGAUACCACGUUUAUUCGAUCCUUGGGGUGGUUACAGUGUCAUCGGUUUUGGGGACAUAAUCUUACCAGGGCUUCUAGUAGCAUUUUCAUUAAGGUAUGAUUGGUUAGCGAAGAGGAACCUUCGGUCAGGAUACUUCUUGUGGACGAUGAGUGCCUAUGGUUUAGGUCUCCUUGUCACAUACAUAGCUUUGAAUUUGAUGGAUGGGCAUGGUCAACCAGCUUUGCUGUAUAUAGUCCCGUUUACACUCGGAACCUUUUUGUCAUUGGGAAAGAAGAGAGGUGAACUUGAGAUUUUAUGGACAAGAGGGAUGCCAAAAAUGCCUUGCCCUCACAUCCAAGAGAAUCAUCAACCCGUCGACGAGUAAUCUCCCGCGGAAUAGUAUUGUAGGUUUUAGUUUACAGGAGACUUAUAACAAAUCAUAGGAAAGAGAUUAUGUAUAACAUUUGUAGAUCUAUCAUAAGUAUAACAAAAUUCAGCCUAAUGAUAUCGUACAAGCACUGUACUUAAAUCAGCAGCUGUAACUUGAGAUACCUUCUUGACUGUUAGAUGUUGGAGGAACCAUGAAUCUGUUUGUACUUUGGUGUAAGAUUAGAUUUUUUUUUGGAGAAAAUUGUUCAUAGGUCACAGAUUUUUAACAGAUUUCAUAUCUUGGUUUUUUUUUUUAA